UUUACCCAAAAUCAAAUGUAAUCUGUGAAAUUGUGGUGAAAGUUUCUUCUUGGGUUAUUUUAAGUGAAGUUACGCGAUUUCUACAUGUGAAUGUCAAUGGUUUCUCCGCUGACUCGCGACAAAAAGCUUGUUCCCUGUGCUAACGCUGUCGGACGUGGAGUAUUCGUCAGGACUAAGAAGAGGAGGCACGGGAGCCCCACGGUUUACUUCGUCACUCAACACGUCGUCCUAAAGGGCGUGUCAUUCAAAAAUGGCUAUCGUAGGCCACGGAGGGACGGAUAUCGUUCGACAGUUGGUCGGCAAUGUGGUGAACAUCUUCAAGAAGAAACGAGCGCCUUGUACAUCUCCGUGUGAUGGUUUUGUUCUUAAAAUGCAUUAUCAGUGGACCUUCUGGUUAUUGCUAGCCGGCUUCUCGUUUGUUUGGUAUUCGUGGUAUCACAGAGACGUUAUCACAUGUGUGAAUCAUUUCAAUGCUGAGACUCAAGUAAGACUGGAUUAUAUAAACAUUUGUCUUUCGUAUACAUUCGUUGAAGAGCCGGGCCAGGAAAGGAGAUACCUUCUUUUUUAUAGGUGGAUUCAUUGGACCUUGUUAGUUCUUGCUGCAUUCUAUUACAUCCCUAGAAAGUUUUCCAAGAACUCUGAGAAUCCUAAAGUGAAAAAACUUAUUGAAGAUCUGGCGCUGCACAGUGCUCGCUACGACCACGCCGAGAGGGAGCUCGUCGAGCGAGCUGCCCGCUACAUUGUCCUCAACCACAAUACCCACAAUGGCAUCUACUUCAAAUUCCUUGGCUGUAAUGUUAUUGCUCUGCUUGUCGACAUAUUCUGUUUUCAAGCAUUGGAUUUCGUGUUCCAAGGACGUUUUAUUAACUACGGAUGGAUGGCCUACCCGUAUGAACGAGAUCCUGUCAACUUCUCAGAUUACAUGUCAAGGACAUUCCCUCCCUUCGCUAAGUGCGAGCUGGACCCCCACAACAAACUUGUUGCCCGGCGUACCGAGACUUUAGGUUGCCACUUGACCGUCAUGGAACUUUAUGAAAAAGUCUUCCUCAUCAUCUGGGUUUGGUUGAUUAUUCUAACGACUGUAACGUGCGCGUAUCUCAUUUUCCUCGGAUUCAUGUGGCUGCCGUAUUUCCGUCUGAUGAUACUGAAGGUCGCCAAGCCCCCAAAUGCCAAGGAGACGGUCUCAAACACCAUCAUGAGCGUGCUGAACUGCUGCAAGAUCGGCGACGUGUACCUCUUGUAUCGCCUCAAGCAGCAUCUCAGCCACGCCAGGUUCUAUGAGCUGCUCACGAGACUCGAUGAUCCAGAGAUGGUCCAAAUGAUGACCGAAGAUCCCGCCGACCGAGUCGUGCAGGCCAAGAAUCAAGACAACUUACGGCACCGGCAGCCUAAGAUGACUGCCGCCACACCCAAAGGGAAGUUUGCAAACCCAGCAGAAAUAUUCAUACCUGGAACCAAUGGUUAUCUAGUGGAGUAAAGUCAUAUGAGUAUUGUGUAGUUGUGAGACCGAAAUUGUGAUUUUGCAUGUCAAUUUUUUAUCUGGAAACAAAGAGUAAAAAGGAUACAAAAAAUAAUAAUAACUCAGUGUUUAAAGUGCUGUUGUUGUGUGCAUGGAGCUCUUACAUGAAUUACUUGAAGUGUUCAACGCUCUUCACACACGUUGGUGGUUUGGCCUCCUGCCAUAUCUUGUCUCAUUAGCUUAGCUAGCCUCGUAUAUUUUGAUACGAGCUUUUGAACGGAAUGCUCAGGUUAGUCCAUUUUUUAUUUAAAACUAAAUCAAUGGAAAUUUAUUUCCUAUCAUUCAAACAACAUGGAAUGUGAAGUACUAUCUAAUUUCUGCUGAACCUACCGUUUAUUAAUGCUUGUGUUUGUAAAAUGCUAAAAAAUGUCAUAUGAUACCUUGUUGAGAAAUAUUUUAUUUCAUGUUUAAAUUUAAAGCCUCUAGUUGCUAAAUUUUGCAAAUAUCAGAAGGCAGUUAAACCUGACAAUAUAUUCCAAGCGAGCUUAUAAUAUGAUAUAAGAUUACGAAUUCGCUACAAUGUAAAGAUUAAAUAACAUUUAGUGCGUUUGCUGAUUGCUAAAUCUAAGUAACUCUUAUGGAUAUUUUCUAACUUAUUAUUUCCCUAGUUUAAAAUUAUUCUCAAGAUUAUCUUACCUUUUUAAUGUCUAAGACUCUUUGGUUACACGUGUCUUUUGAAAUUCUACGCGCCAAUUGAGGGUAUUUAAGCCUCCCAUCUCAUGUUAAUGUGUAACCAUUGUUUGGCAUUUGUUUGAUCGUAAUUAAGUAGUCUGUGAUAAAUAAACUCUCCUGAUGUUUGAUCUUUGACGCGUCCCGUUCUGACUUGUUAUUCUUGUGCCACCGCGUUCAAAUUUAUACCUAAAUAUUCAUUCUUACAUUCAGCUCACAGAACGAAAUGCCACGUCACUAAUAUUAUUUUGUGAGGCGCUAUGAUGUUCUUGAAAUCGUGAACUCGAUGUCUUCUUUAGCAAUCUGUUUUUUUUUUACUUUUUCAGUCAAAAUCAAUAUGCCAACUAGAACAUGGCCUAGAAAUUCAUGAAACUUUCGUUCUUUAAUGGCAUAACUUACAAGUUACUCAUAAUGGAGAACUGAUAUUCUGAGAUUUUAUUUUUCUGUUUUGCUGUACACGUCUAAAAAGCAAUGGAAGACUCUACAGUCCAAUUUUUUAUUGAUUUCGAUUCUGACAUGAAUGGGUUUCCAUUUUAUUUAUUGUUUCGGAAAGAUACCUACUGUUUGUGACGUUACAAUUGUUUUUGUUGUGACUUGGAAAUGAGUUGUGCACUCAGUUCGAGAUAAUCGUUGAAAUUAUUUGUUGAUUCAUCAGGUUUUGCAUGAAGUUUUUAACGUUAUCGUUCCAUUAUAUUGGAGUUCGUAUAAGGAAAAACGUAUUCAAGCUACUAUUCAAAUUAGAGUCACCAUCGAACAAAUUUCUUUUAUUAGACAUUAUAACUACUUACGUUUGUUAUAUAUAUUUAAUAAAAGUCGUACAUAAUAAUAUUAUUAUGUAUGUCUAACAACGGACGAGUGUUUUGUGAGAAAUUUCAACUAUAUGUCACCGGUCAAUAUGUUUCUAAUUAAUUAGUCAGGGCUCCCAAUGUUGAACGAUUUCCGUACCUUUUCAAACCAAUACCUCCGAGCGUUUUGAGAUUUUUGUGAAAAGGCUUCAUCGGAACUGAUAGCAGAAUACCACUGUCGCAAGUUAAUGUCUUGGAUAGGAUAUAGUUCAGUCGGUAUUUCGAAUCUUGAUGCAGUAAGACCGAGUUAUUUUAGGCGAAUGCGUUACAUUUUUCAAAUACUCAUUUUUUUAAGUACUUUACCGUCCGUCAACUGCCUCGACAGUUGGGCCUUCUCGUGAGUCCCUGCUUCUUUAUCACAAUACAGCACCUUUUUCCUUGCUCCUGCGUCUGACGUGAGCCAGUGUGUUCCUCUAUUAUUCAACGGAUUAAACUAGUACAAGAGUUGUGUUAAUUAUUUUUCAAAGUUAAUGUCCAUGGCGUUCGUCAGAAAAACUAGGAAUUGAUCAUUUUUCCUGACGCCGAAUUGUGCCAAUGUUUUGUGUCCGGGCUACGGUCUUCUAUUGUUCCAACCGCAGGUUUUUUAGCACUUUCGUAGACGUUUGUCCAAGCUGUAAAAGCCCAUGAUAAUAUCCCUUCGUUUAAGGUCUUCAUAAUGAAAUUUCAGAUAAAACGAAAAACAGUAAUCUUCUCGCUUAGCAACAUUCAAAAACUUCACUCAUUGCCACUAUUUUCUAUUCAUCGCGAAAAUUUCGUUGAAUGCUUUUGUGAUAAUUUUGUUUUAUUUAUUCAGUCUCGAAUCUCUAUCAGAAUCUUGUGAUACUUUUCUGUCAUCGCGACUUGCAAUGCAGCUCAAUGUUGGCAGUCACCUGCGACUGAGUUUGUUGUAGUAAAAUUCUUAGUGCUGUACAGUAUUACGAGUAAUACAUCCAACUCCCACAGUUACUUGUAGCUAUAUGCUCCGUUUAAAUUUCAGAUUCAGCACUGAUCAUCACCUCCUACUCCAUUGUCAUCACAACCAUCAUGUUUCAUCCGUCAUUUCAUCUGCAACAUCAUAUUCAUUAACUAAGUCUAUCUUUCAUUCCCAUUUUUCUUAGCACUAAAAAAUUGUCGCUAAACGGGAACAAAUGUUGACACUCGUUUUCCGCGUGCAAAGGAGAAAAAAAUAUAAUCCUAUUUCUUUAGUUGUGUGAGCUAGCUGAUGUUAGAGGUCAGACAGUGCAACCAUCCCUUAUAGCAAUGCAUUUGGUCCGCAUAAAUACGACCCAGAUGAGGAUGUAUUUCUGUGGCGAAUAUAUAUGCCAUCAUGAUGCUCGUAUCUAUGACAGUUGGCCUCAAUAUAUAUGCCAUCAUGAUGCUCGUAUCUAUGACAGUUGGCCUCAAUAUAUAUGCCAUCAUGAUGCUCGUAUCUAUGACAGAUGGCCUCAGCUGGGCAGUGUGCGGCUGACUCGCAUUUAUGCAUUGCACUCUAGCGCGCUCCUCUAACUUUAUGCAUUGCACUCUAGCUCUUCUAACUUCGUCGUGUCUCCUCCGGUGACAGUACAUUUGCCCAUGGUUCAUAAUUAGUUUAGUGAGAUUUAGUGUUUUUUAGUGUUAACUAGCGCUAGAUUUAUUGCUGCAUUGCGCCUUGCGUCAUGACGGAGGUGCUGGCUGUAAUGCUGGACAUGAGGGACCAAUAUGCCUUGCAGCCAGCAGCAGGAGACUUGCCCUGCACACCCGGCAUCGGCAAUAAUACAUUCCUAAGAGGUUUUACUCGAGCUAAUUGACUAUUUUUAUACCUUUUGUACCGUCAUUGUAGCAAUUGUCCUGGUGUGUUAGCGUAACUUCUACUAGUGUUUCACUAGAAUAGAAUUCGAAAGCUUUUGCAAGUUUUAUUUUUGUUAGCCUCGUAUUUGAUGAUAAAACUUCACCUCUCUAUUACCGUCAACAUCUAAACUCUUGGCUGUCUUCCUAAUUAAAACCAUAUUUUCUCUGUCGCUUGGGCAUUCGAUCUGUUUACCUUCUUUUAUUUCAUGCAUCUGAGCCUAAAUUCGUGAAGAUGAUGCCACGCAUGAGUUGAAACCAAGCUUCUUUUAGCGCGUUGACUUAUUUUAUGAUCCGGUGUCACCAAGUCUCGUUUAGGUAGAUUUACUUUUGACAAGCUUUCGUCCAGUUUUUUUUAAAAUAAACGAACGGAUUUGUAAUAAAAUUAUGGUUGAA